GUGGCUUGAUGAUGAAAAGGAGUUCCUCAAAAGCCUUGACGCCGCUGAAGGUGUGCAGCUGGAACUGGGUGAGCCACCACCAGCCGCCAGUGGCCCAGAGGAGGUGAUCGACCUUUCUGAUUCUUUGCCCCGCGAUGCCUUGGAAGAUGAAGCGGCCAUACCGGACUCGCAAGAACUCAUGCGACGUCCGGAGAUGUUGGCCAACUGGUAUGCCAG